AUGUCUGACAAUAUUCCCCGACCAUCACAAACUCUUUUGGCACGGAUGAACGAGUUGCUGGCCCGUGCUAUCAUGCUGCUUCCGCACCCAGAAAUCCGCACCUCGCGCUUGCCUGCGCCGCUCCGCAACCUAUCUGUGAUACCAGACAUUGACUUUGAUCAGCACUGGAGUGAUGAUUCCGAAAGUGAUCUGGACGAAAGUGACCAUGACUGCAAUCACGGCAAUGAAAAAAGGUCCACUAGCGACAGCGAUAUGAAUGAGGUUAGUGACGCUAGCGAAGAUUGCCAUGAGCUUCACUGCGAAAUGGAGCAUCAAGCGGGUGUGCCGUUGCGCCCUGACGCAGGAGCGCUUCGACGCCUGAACGCGUUAAGGAGGCGGCGACGCGGUGAAGAUCGCACGCGCGAGCUUCACGCAGAGCUUGCUUCGGUGCGGGCUGUCAUCAGGGCAUCUGCGCGGUAUGCGGGCGUACUGCCUCUUUUCGUGCACCACUCCCAUGGGCCUGGCAACGCCCUUGAUCGCAUGGAUCGGUUUCUCGAGAGCGUGCAUGCCGGGCGUCUUUGGCCGAGAAAGCGUGGGAGAAAGCAUCAUCAACAGCCGCGCAAACGGCGGCGCCUCCAAGACAGAAAGCAGUCUGGACAAACAAGCGAAAGCGAGUGCAGUACUUCUCAAGACGAAGACCGUUCACCUUUUGUGCAACCAAACUAUAGGGACAGGCAGAGGACAGUACUGGCUUCCGAAUGUCCAAAGUCUUCACAUGAAUCCAAGUCUACAAAGCCGUUCAGAAGUGACAUAGCUACGACAGAAAACUCAACAAGCUCGCUUGCGUUUCCGCACGGCGAGACACUUGGCCUUCAUAUGUUAGACUCAAGUGCACGCAAGCAUAUCUUACGAGGUCUCAGCUGUUCUUUUUGGCACAGUGGCCUGUCGUUUUCAUUGCAAAAAGAUGGCCUCUUACUCCGUAUGGCACUUACCCAAGUUUCAAGCGGAGGUGUGGAGGGCUUGCUCUCUGGCCUCGCCCCAGAACUUCUUUCCUUCCUCUGUGCGCGCGAAAAGGCUGCUGCGCUCCAAGCUCUCUUGGCUGCAGUUUGUGCUAAUCACAGUGGUUCAUGCGAUAUUGGCUCCCUAAGCGUACCCUUUGCAGGCCACAUUGUUGACUUUCACGACCAUGACUUACGAUUCUGUAAUCUUUCUGAUGUACCUUCUGCACGCAACGCUGAUUUUGCCCGGCUUCAGUUGCGCGAGUGGCUGCGCAUACGCCCUUUUCUAGGUCUUCGCCAGCUUUUUUUCCUCAAGUAUCUUGAGUUCGCCGAGGCCAGUGUGCGCUCUCCUGAAAACGGAUGUCCACAUCUGCGGCAGUUUGCCCGCCUGUUUCGCGACCUGAUGCUCGAGCUUGCUCGUGGCUCGGAAUGCGAUUUGUCGGCGUCUGCAAUCCAAUACCGCUCAGCACGGCCCCCUUUCGUUCAAGAAUGGGACGCCAAACUUGGAGACAGAAUUAGUGAGUAUGCUUCUUGCGCUUCAUGCUUACUUAAUGUUCAGUUGAAUUAUAUUCUUUUUGCAGUGAAGGUAGAUGCAGCGGCCGGUGCCGACGCCAUGUUCCGCAGACUCUUACCUUUAGCACCAGAUUGUGAACGCAAUGCGCUUUCGGCCCGGUGGGAUGCGCUUCAAAACGAGAAGCUGCGUGCGCCCCGUCAGUGCGUAUUAGUGUGCUCUCUCGACCGAAAGACCGGGCGUGUUGAGGCGCGCAACACUCGUGUUGCAUUAGAUCAUUUCCACGCUUCUCCGUUUCGGCCUGAACCGGUUGGCAGCACUUUGGCAGGCCUGUAUUGUCGUGGCGCACGCGAUUGCUCAACUUUUGUGUAA